AUGGAGUAAUCUCAGAUACAAACUGAAAUUGAGACACUUAUCAUUUGGCUGAACUCUUUCCCUCAUUUGACUAAAAAGUGCUAGUUUAUGAAUACUAAUGAAUUAGUGGAUGGGAUCAUCAUACUUGAAGUGCUAAGUUAAAUGUAAAUUUUCAGAUUAAAAAAAGUCUACAGGGAUGGAUCAAUUUGGCCCAGAGAAUUAAUUUCAUAUGAUGAGUGCAGCUUUUCAAAGGCUAACUUCAUUCUAAUUAAUUAGGGACUUACCAAAUUCUACAAAAAAUACGGAUGCCCAGCUCUAGAAAACAUUUAACGAAAGGACAUGAUAAAUCCUGAUCCAAAUAAAUUCAGUUAGGUUCAUGAGAUUCUCAAGAUUCUUCAGCUAGUCCUUGGCGUAGCAGUGCAGUGUGAAAACAAGGAGUCACUCAUAAACGAUAUCCUUCAAAAUUUAGAUGAGGACACCUAAUCUGAGUUGAUGAAGUAGGUAUAAUAUGUGCUUCAGAAAUACGCCCCGUAGUCUUCUUAGGAAUUGAGUUCGAUCUCAAAUAUUCAAGAAGUAUCACAUAAUUUCUCUGAUAACUCAAACAUCUCAAUGAAUGAACUUCAACACACAGUGGAGAGAUUAGAACUCUAGAAUAAAAAUUGCCUUAAAACUCUCCAUGAUUUCGAGCAGGAAAAUGCCAGUCUUAAGAUCCAAUAUGAAGAAGCUCUAAAAGAAAUUGAUUCCUUAAAGUCUUAGAUAGUUAAGUAAACUAUCACCAAAAAGACACUGAACCUCCAAAAGACUCUCGAGGAUUUGCAACUUGAGCAUGGAGACUUGGAGCAUAAACUGGACAAGAUCAGAGAGUUUGAGACUUAAAUAGAGAUGAAAAAUCAAAAGAUAUUUGAGCAUCAAAAAAACUACGAUCGCUUAAAGAAGGAGUUUGAAAUGGAAAAAACACAGAUGCUUGAGGAGUUAGAUAUUGAAAAGGAAAAAGGUCUGUAAAUGCAAAAGAUGGAGAUGCAGUUGCAGAUUUAUAGGAAGAAAGCAGAGGAUUAUAAUCAACUACUGCAGCUAUGUGAGCAAAAGGAUCAGAAAGUUAGAGAACUGGAGUUGACAAUUAGUUAGCAGGAGUAGGAAUUGAAUAAUAAAAAGCAACUAGAAGACUAGCUUAAGUUUGUUAGAGAAGAACUAAGCAAAGAAAAAUCUAGAAUCUCACAAUUUGAAAUUAAUGUUCAGAGUAGGGAGGACUAAAUAAGUGAUCUCUAGAAAGAGAUUAAACUCAUGAAGAAGAAGGAAGAGAUUAACUUGGAUAAGAUUAGAUAGCUUUAAGAUGAGAUAGAAGAUCAGAAGAUUAGAGAUAACUCUUCUAGUUUAAAUGAUACCUCAGACAAUCUAUAAUAGUCUAUGAUUUCAGAUCUGGAGCUGAGACUCAAAAGUUUAGAAUAAGAGAAUGAAAUGCUUCGACUCAACAAUGGUGCCUAGAUCAAUCAGAAACUAUUUGAAAUUGAUCAAUAACUCUAAGAAGAGUUGAGAGUCAAGAAUAUGCUGCAAUAGUAGUUGGAACAGCAGCAAAGACGUUACAAGAAACUUGAGGACGAAAAUGAGAAUUUGCGUUUGGAUUUUGAGACUUAGAGAAUGAACUCAAAUCAGGCAUCCUCCAAAUAAAGUGAAUUCGCUUUGCUUAAAGAUGAAAAGAUCAAAAUAUCUCAGAGUCUGCAGCAAGCUCUAUAAAAGGUGAAAGAACUUGAGACUAAUUCAAGCUAGAUUCAAGUGCUAUAUCAAUAAAGAGACUAAACUCUUCAGGAAAUGAAAACCCUCUAUCAAGAGAAAAACUAGCUAAUAGAUGAAAUGUUAAAACUAAAGGACGAACUUAAUAAUACGAAGUCUGAAUUAGCAGAAUAAAAGAUGAAGGAAAAGUAUUUUGAAAAAGAAAAGCAACUACUCGAAUAACAGUUGAAGAAUGCACCUUAGGCUGAUAAAGCAAAUCAAGAGGUACAGCUGCUCAAGCAAAAGAUGAAACAAUUGGAGUAAUAGAAUAAAGAAAAGGAGUAGGUACUAAUAAAGUAACUUUCAAAUAUCAAACAUGAUCGCGAAAGAGAUCUUAGUGAAAUGAAGGGACAAUAUGAAAAGGAAAUAAGAUAACUAAAUAAUACCAUUGAAGCCCUGAAUAAUGAGGUGAGCAAUGAAAGUAGACUUAGAUUUGAAGUUGAGAACGGUUAUGACCGGUUCUAUGAAUUAAUGGCCUCACUCUUGAAUAACUUAGGUGAGAGACUGAUUAUGAUGCAAAAAGAUAUGCUUAGUUAAGGAAAAUGGAAUAAUCAGACAGAGUUGUCCCACAGAUCAAACAGUGAUAAUGAAAACAGAUACCUUAGUACUAAGAAAGCGAACACAUACAAGACGUUCCAUUGA